ACCCUCCACUACACCACUAGCUGACUGUGUGGUAUACUGUUAUAGAUAUUUUAUACUGUAAUUACACUACGUCAAGAAGUUCCAUCACUAGAUGGAUUCUUCUAUCAAGACUACAAACCCAUCAAGUCCCACAGCGUUUGUACUCAUUGUAAAAAAAAAAUAAUUUACAGAUUGUAUAAUAAAUUAGUUGUACAGUUUUAGGUAAUAAUAUUAAAAAAAAAUCACUUUUUUGGAUACGAUCGUAUUUAAUUAAAUAUAAAAAUUGUUAAGUUCAGUUGUUAUAAUUGUAAAUUUUAAAGAAAAUUGUAGGUGCUAGCCGAAAAGGGACAGUGGCCGAAAAGGGAAUGGUAAGUUUUGGCCAAAAAGUGACACUGGCCGAAAAGGGAAGGGUACAUUUUGGACGAAAAGAGGUUAGGUUAAACCGCGCGGUUGAAUAAUUUUGAAAGUGCGGGUGCCAGGGUCGGGAUAGUGGAAUUGCACUUAUUACCUAAAAAGAAAUGGUCGAAUUGCACUUUGGUUCAAAAAAGGUAAUGGUCGAACUGCACUUGGGUAAAAAACAGGUAGUGGUCAAACUGCACUCGUUCAAAAAAAGGAGUUAAAUUUUCAGAUCACUAUGAACGUUAAUUUUUAUUAUUUAAAAAAAGAAUUACUAAAAAAAUGAUAAAAAUGAAAAAAAAUGAAUAAUAUUUGACUAUUUACAAAAAUAAUAAAAAAGUGGAUGUUGCUCUGUUGUACAGUACCUAGGUGACAAGUGGGUUACUGUAAUGGAUGGUGUUAAAUUUGAAUUUAAUGAUAUAAUAUCAUUGUAUAAGAAAAACGAUUCUGAGCGAAAACGGACAGUCAGCCUAUGAUAUUACCAAGUAUAUUUGACGAUAUUUGUGAAUAAAGUAAUUUAUAUAUAACCUAUUUACGUAGAGCCUUGUUUUACAUUUUCAAUCCUUAGCCAUAAAAGUUAAACAUUUUAUACAUUUUUAACUACAAAAUAAUUAAUAAAUUAUAAAUUUGAUAAAUGUUGUCAAAAUUUGAACUUUAAAUGCUUAUAAAAUAAAAUUGUGCCUAUGUAUUUUUCAAUAAAGUAAUAUAAAUCGCAACUUAUAUUUUAUCGAAAAAAAAAUACUGAGCUUGGUUAUAAAAUAUUUAUAUGCCUAUUUACUUUAAUAGGUAUAAGUUCUAAGGUUUGAUUUUUAUAAUAUUCAACUAAACAAAAACAUAAAUACUUGUAAUAAGUAUCUCAUACAUAAUCACGAUUACAUAAUGAAGUAUUUAUAGGUAUAUCUAAUUAUAUUGUACUCGUGGUACGAAGAUUUAAAAUUCAAUUAAAUUUCCACCUAUUAUAAUUUUUCGAUAUUAAAUAAUAGUAUUAUGUUUAAAAUUGUUUUUGUUUUCUGGCUUCAAUCAGAAAACAUGACAACGUAUAUCAUAUUAUAAAGUCAGGCCUUAAAACGGUUUUUUGAAAAACGUCAUCAUUUGUUAUUCUGCAGCCUAACUGUUAGUCGUUCUAAUAUUUUGUCUACAAUUAUAACUUAUAACAAUGUACUGUGUAAACGAGUUCACCGUCCGGUUGUUGCUGAUCACCGUAUUGUUGAACUUACGAAAAAUUACGGAUAUUGUGCGCAAAUUUUACCAAAACUGGAUUGAACUAGAAAACGGUGAUCCCAGAUUUCAUCUGGUUUGUGGCUGUUGCAAAUCGAAGGACACGCCGGCGAACGACGAGACCGAAGGAAGGAUGACGAGGCACGCAUUCACGCAAGUAGAUCUUCCGGGAUCGCUGCCCCGCCGACGCCGCGGCCGCCGCUCCCAAAAAUACACGUGUCAGCUACAGAAUUUCGCCACUGAAAGCGUAGCCGUCACUCGCUCCGACUUUCCGCGACCGCCUCUGCCGGUACAAAACUUCGGCCCGGCUGUCUACACGACGUGGCAGCCACCGAAUUUCGCUAUGGGACGCGUGGCAGCAGCUCGCUUAAGGUUUCCACCGCCGACGCUGCCGAUACAAAACUUCGGCCCGGCCGUGUACACGACGUGGCAGCCUGCACAGCCCCCGAGAAUGGUGAGGGUGCCAGCCCCUCGCUUUGGGUUUCCGCGACCGCCGCCGCCGCCAACAUAUUACGUGGACCCAGUUCACUGCAGAACAAGCGUGUAAAAACUGAAUAUAAUUUUUAAAUAUUAUCUACCUAUGUACCUCUAUAUAUUUUCUAAAUAACUAUUCUUGUAAAAUAUUAAUUAUUGAACCUAUAUUUAUUGUAAUAUUAUGAAGUGUAAAAUAUGUUAUGUAUAUAAAUUUAUAAAGUAUUGUUUAAGUACUGACCAAUAUUAAUAAAUACUUGUCGAUGUGAAAA